AUGGAAAAUACGGUUAAAAAAAAACCAAAUGAAAAAAAAGGAAAGAAAAAUACAAACGACAUUAAAGAGAGAAUUUUAAGUGGACGACCUGUUUUAUGCUUUGAUGAAGAAAUUGAAUUUGAUAAGUGCUGCUCUAUUAACACGGAUAUCGUUGAUAAUACAGUAGAAAAUGGGAAAAAAAAAAAAUUAAGUAAAGAUAAUAGUAAAAAUGUUUCUCUAGAGGUCACCGAAACCCUCCCCAAAAAAAAAACUCAAAAAAAAAUAGAAAAAGGAAGAACAGACCAUCAUAUACAGAAAAACGCAAGGGAUAAGGAUAAAACGAAAAAAACAAAUAGAAUAGAAAGUUCCAAUGCAAACUUUAAGGACAGUAAUAAAGGGGAUGAUGAGACAAGCAUAUACAAGAAUGUAGACAAAGACGACGAACUUAAUUCAAAUAAAAAUGAUUUAUAUAUUGUUUUAGAUAGUUCAACAAAUAGUUCAGCUAGUCCUGGAAUAAAUAAAAAUGAUAAUGAAUUAAAAAAAAAGAGUCUUUCAAAAAUUAUAAAAACACAAAGUAGUAGUAAUAUUCAAAUAAUCUCUGAAGAAGAUAAUGAACAGAUGAAUAAGUGGAUAGAAUUCUUGCCAACGAUUAACUUGGAAAUUGAAAAUAUACUAAAUUUUCAAUUACCCUGUUAUAAUAUACUUAACAAUGUUAAAAGAAUUAAUAAAAUCAAAAGCAUUGCGUAUAACGAAAGUGAAAAUGAUGAAAAGCUGAACUCAAUAGAAAAGUCCAGUCUUAUGUUUAAUUCUGUAAAACUUACGACCAACGAAAAGUAUAUUAUAAGAUUCCUAUGUGAGGGAUCAUUCUAUAAUUUAUCACAGUUAGUUGAUAUCCUGUAUUAUGUUUUAAAUAAUGAUGAAUUAAUAUUUGAAAUGUUUCCUGUUAAAAUGGUUAAUUGUAAUAUUAAUAGAACUGUAGGGUGUACAAAUUUUUUAAUAAACGACAGUAUUUCGGAAAAAAAGGAAAAGAACAAUGAAGAAAAUAACGUUAGCAAGGAAUGCUUAGUUAAUACAGGAGAAGAUAAUAAAAAAUGUAUAACAGGGAGUAUCGCUAAUGAUGAUAGCAUUAACAUUCACAUCAACAGUAGGAGUAAUGAUAACAUUGACAAUAUCAACAUUAGCAGUAAUGAUAACAACGACAAUCAUAACAGCAGCAACGACAACCAUAACAGCAGCAACGACAACCAUAACAGCAGCAACGACAACCAUAACAGCAGCAACGACAACCAUAACAGCAGCAACGACAACAAUAAUCAUAACAAUCAUAGCACCAACCUUUCCCUGGACAAUUUUUCGGAUGAAGAUUGCUACUCCGAUGAUGCGGAGAAGGAAAAAAAAAGUUAUAACAUUUCCAUCAGUAAAGAAGAUCUAUAUUCGAGUAUACCAAUUUUAGUAAGUCGAAAAAAUUUAGGGGAUAACAUGAAACAAGUAAAUAUAAGUAAAAAUGAGAAUAACGAAAAAGAAUGCUUAUGGGUUUGGGAAAAUGAUAACUAUGACAUAUUUCCAUCUUAUUAUAAAGAAAUAUUUAAAUAUUUUAAAGAAUUUCGAAGUAAUAUGAGCAAAAUAUAUAAAACAUUAAUUAAAUUAAGAAAUUUUAUUAUAACUAAAGAUCUACAAAAUAUUAUAAAGAUAUAUGAUUAUUUAAAUGAAUUAAAAAAGAAACAGUAUUUGGAAUCCGAGAAAAGGUGCAAAAGGAUACUUAUUGAAAAAAAAAAAAUUAUAAAAAGAAAAAUGGAAAUAAAGAAACAAGAAGAAAAAAAAAAAAAAGUUGAAGAUGCCAAAUACCUAGAAGAGAAAAAAACAUCAAAUAUUGUUAAGUUAGACAGCUAUAUAGCACAAAAUAAAAUGGAAGAAAAAAAACCGAAACAACAAAAUCUUAUACUUUCUUGGUUAACCCUCAAAAAAAGUCACACUGCAAAUCCAAAUAAAAAUCCCGAACAGUAUUUUAAAUACCCAAUUGUGAAUGUUCUUAAUUUUAAUGAAGGAUUGAAGGACAAACUGUUGGAAGCCCAAAACCAGUUACCUAUCUUUACAUGCGACAGAAGGGAUGUUAACGUGUCAUAUCAUAUAUUUCAGAGCAGCUCAGAAAUUGACAAGCAAAAAUUGCUCGCUGAUUAUGUAAAUUUGUGCGAAAGUCAUAAGAGGACAGUCGUAGAUUAUUUCAGAGUAUACGUGGAAAAUAAAGAAUUUUUUGAAGAAAUCCCAUUGGUAGAUAGUCUUGACGGAAGUAAAAUAAUUACACAAAAUGAAAAAGGUGUAAGAUCGAAACUUUGGGAAGAUAAUGAAUUUUAUAUUAAGUUAAAAAAUUCAGAUUAUAUAAGGAGUUUUUUUUUUUACGACAAUUCAUGGACCAGACCUUAUAUGUCCUUGCUAGUGCAUAAAAUUUUGGAUGACAACAUAAAUGUACUUCCCUUUUAUUAUCAUGAUGAUAUGAUGUAUGAAAAUGACACAAAUGAAGAAUAUUAUGAAAAAUUCGAAACUAUCGAUUUAACAACGGAAAAUGAAGAAAAUGAAACCGAAAGUGAUGGAAGUUCACAAGACAUGUUUAUCGUUCCAGAUAACGAAAUAAAUAGAGAUAUCGAAAUUACACCUAUUACUGUACCAACUAGUCAGGACAUUUAUUUUUUUUCUGUCUUUAAUUGGGAAUGGACUUUUGAGGGAAAUCUUAAACGAAAUUACAACAUAAUUGAUAAAAAUACAUGGAAAGAGUUUAAUUUGAUAUGUAAAGAAAACAUUUACGGGUGUCAGUAUAUGUCGUGGGGAAAGGACAACAAUCCGUUUAAAUACCUCUCUGAAAGGAACAAUCCAAAAAAUACUUUGGAUAAAUAUGAUAUUAAGAAAUUAAUAAAACAUUCUCAUGGAAAAGUAACAAAAAAGGAUGUGCUCGUUGAUCAGUUUAAACUUAAGAAUGAGCACCUAACAAAAGCAGAUACCGAGAGAAAGUUCAAGAUUUAUUUGAUGUAUAAGAAAUGCGAAGAUAAUAGAAAAAAAUGGAUGGCCUCAGAAGAGGGUGUAAAAUUAUUUAAAAACGAGGAGCUGUUAAGCAAAAUAUAUGACAUACGAAAAAGGAAAUUAAAUUUAAUAACUCAAAAAAUGGAAGAAGUAAAAAGACAAAAGAAGAUGGUCAAAGAAAACUUAAAAAAAGAAGAAAAAAUAAAAAAAAAAGAAAAAACAAACCAGGAAAAAUUAGCAGUUGUGGAAAACCUGAAAAAGGAAGAAACAACACAGAAAAAAGAUGAGCCGAAUGUUCAAAAAUUAUUGUCAAGUAGUUCGUUGACUAGUAACAAAAGAGCCAAAAAAUAA